AUGAAGAACAACAAAGCAACAGGACCAGAUGAAAUCCCGUCAGAAGUCUGGAAACACUUAGGCGAAGAAGAAAAGAGAAAGACUAACAAGAAGAACUUACACAUGGUCUUCAUUGACUUAGAAAAAGCGUUCGACCAUGUCCCACGUGACCUGAUCUGGGAGGCCCUCAGAGAUCAGCUGGUGCCGGAAAGUUAUAUCUCGCUCAUAAAAGACAUGUACAGCGAUGUAAAGACGCAAGUUAUGAGCCCAGCAGAAUGCUGGGCAACAACCAAACAGCACAUAAAUAAAUUGCAUGUCACUGAAAUGCGCAUGUUGCGUUGGUCAGGAGGAGUCACGUUGCUGGAUAAAAUCCGCAACGACUACAUAAGAGGUAGUUUCAAGGUCGCACCUAUAGCUGAGAAACUCAAAGAAAAUCGUCUUCGGUGGUAUGGGCAUAUUCUACGUCGCCCAGAAGAUCAUAUGGUCAAGUUAGCCUUAAACAUGCCGACACAAAAAAGAGGAAGCGGAAGACCACCUACCACUUGGCUGACGACAGUCCAAAAAGACAUGAAAGAUGUUAACGCAGACGCUGAAAUAGCCAAAAAUCGUGUAUUAUGGAGGAAAAGGACAAGAAAGGCCGACCCCACUUAA